AUGGCGUCUCAUACGCCCCUUGGCCCUGCCAAAGUGGUGCUCCUAGCUGUGCACUUUGCGACUGUCGCCGACAUUGACAGCUUGGCCUAUCUUAUAUCCCAACAUGCUACAAUCUUGCGCCCAGAGCUGGCGCUUCGAAUCAUUCUCACAUAUCUACCCGAAACCCUCAGCCCGUCAACUUACGUCCCUCUUUUGCAGGCCAUAAUCGCCAACGAGUCCCUGUCGCAACCAACUUCGGACCACCAACUUGACACUUCUCAUGUUCACAAUAUUACAGACCAACAGGCUUCAAGAAAAGUCAAGAAGCUUCACCUAAUCCCGCUCAGAAAUGACGAUGUUCACUUUACUCAUGAAGCCGACUCACUCACCUGUUUCCUGCUUCUGAGGGCCUACAGGAUGGACGAGGAGGCCGGCAUGUUAGCCCAGGUUCCCGACCUGCUCUCCCCCUUCCUUCACCACUCAAAAGAGCUCCACACGUGGGCAAUCUCGACAGUACUUCCUCUGAUCCGUAGAAAUCAUGAGUACUAUCCUCAAAGAACUGCACGUUUGUCACUACUCGAGUUUCAGAAUCUGCCCGACAGAAUGGCCAUUGACUAUCUACUCGCCGAGACUGGCGUUAUUGAGGACGAGUAUAACCUGGCUGGUCGCGAUCUGAGUGGAAUGGUAGGACCUUGGCUGCAUAACGACUCGAGGUGGAAGCGCGAUGCUUUCAAUGAAGAGGUGUCAAGUGAUUCCGGCACAGAGCCUGAUCUUUCAUGUCCCGGAUGGGAGCAGGCCAUGGAGUGGCUCGCAUCCAAAGCGUCAACCUCCUGGCGAGUUGCCUUGAACGCUAUUGAGUCCUGGGACGGCGAUAUUGACCUAGGAGGUGAUACUAGCUCCUGGCUUCAGGAGAACCAGCAGCAGUAUUUAGACAGGUCCUAUACCAGGGCUGUGCUGGCAGCAGCCUACCUCAUUCCCGAUGCCGAAGCAGAGGCACUAGAGGCUGCGUUUAGAAUGUGCAACAAUAUUCGAUCCCUCUUAGACGAUGAUGCCGGUACAACACUCCAAUCAGCAGUUGCGUUACUUGCACCUGUGCCCCCCUUUGAUAUGGACGCCUCUGGUGGUGCAAAAGCUACAACAUAUUUGCGCAACGACCUGCUACAAAGCACAAAUCCUCUUACGACCCCAAAGGAACAAUCCCUUGAUUUGCUGCCCACUCUAAUACAAAGUGCCUACCUCCUUACUUGCUCAGGCGUCCCCUGUACAGUCCGCAAAGCGGGAGAUUUAGCCUUUAUUCAAGAUCAACAAGAGCAAAAGUCCCAGCUUGGUCGAUUUAUACGAAAUCUUCCCACCCGCGCAUCCGAUAACGAUGAUUUCUGGGUUCGGGCACGACAAGAAAUUCUAUGGCUACAUAGUUGGGGAAACAAGCCGGGUCCUGCUCAGGAUGGAACGUUUCAAGGCGUUCUAGGCAAUGUGACACUCGAGUUCGUUGAGACAGAGCUCUUAAAGUCCAUGCUGUCGCGAUCACGUUAUUCUCUGGCGAGGUCUCUCUACGACCAAGAAGGAUCUGACGCCCCCCUCUCUGCGCAGGCUGUACUCAACACAGUUCAAAACUCGGCUUUGAGUGCGUUCGAUAAUGCCUCGAACCCCAACCGAACUAGGGGAGGCUUGAAGAAAUGUGACGAGAUUAUCAAAGCAUUUCCCACAAUAAUGAACAGCACCCACCCCAUCAGACGACGUGUUGAGGCGUUAUUAAAGGCUACCCAUGCCCUAAGCGACUAUCGUCUUGUUCUUAAACAGGGCGAACCCUUUAGUCCAGUGGUCCUUAGAGUGCACUCUGACCCUGUAUCCAUCAUUGAGAAGGUUUUGGAACAGAAUCCAAAAGCUUACACUCGUCUGCAGGAGUUCAUCGAAUUGGGGAGCAGCAUGGUAGAUGCAGAUCUACCAACUCAAGCAAGGCCGGGCAGUCGUCAGCCAACAACAACCGACGUGAACUCUGUCCGAUCAAUGGUUGAGAAGCGCAUUGUUUCAAUUUGUGUUGGAGCGGCCUUACGUGAAGACGACUUUGAAACAGCGUACUCCUUCGUAGUCAGUCGUCUGGGUGUUGACGAGACUGAGCGUAGGAAACAACAAACCAAAAUUUGCGACGAAUGGUCAUGGAAGGCAGCGCUGGACGCCGGAAAAUACGUGCGCACAGAGAGGUCUCAGAAACCAACACAUCUUGGAACAGCGAGUGGAAACCCAGAGAUUCGUCAUCUCGAACAGCGUAUCGAGUGCUUAGCAACUUCUCUACGCAUUGCGCCACCCUCUCAACUUCAGGAAGUAUUGAAGACUUUCCGUCGCUGCGAAGAACAAUUGGAUGCUGCAAUUAAGGAGGAAGCUGCCCGGGAGGCCGCUUGGGAUGCUGCUGGAGAUCUCUCUGGUCUCCCUGGCUCGUUCGACGCACCAAAUGCCGACAAGGCAUAUCCACCACGCAACAUUACUGCUAGUGCAACCGCUCGCCAAACUGAGGAAGCACCAAUGUCUCUGUUCGACCUUUCAAGGGCCACAGCUCGCGUUGCAUCAAAAAACCUGACCGUCUUGUCCAGCUUGCAGGGUUCGCUACAAAGUUCCUUCACAUCCGACAAAACGAAUCCGGAAUCGGAACCCUCUGAAUCUGAGUUGAAUGAGCAAAACAGAACAAGGAAGAGGGAUCAGCUUAGAGAAGCUGCAACUGGUACACUGGUAUCUGGUGUGGGCUGGCUCUUGGGGGCGAAUCCCAAUCGACCUGCCAGCGGACAACAGUAA